AACAUCGUAAACGAGGACCACCUGACGGAGGAAGACUGGACUCAAUGGAAGCAGCGCAGGAAACUCUCACUUACCCAGCUGACACCUUACUUCACAGGAAGCUGCUCCCGGAGAACACGCGUAAGGACAAGGCGCACAGUGAGGACCACGCCACCGAGACAACAAACGACGAAUCCAACUAUGUGGACCUGGACAUGAAACCCAACAACGGCGCAACAACGGUGAAAGUGACUUUCGCCGGCGAGGGGAACCAGCUGCCUGUUAUCAAAUGCAACACGUCCAAGCAGGGAGAGUGCGGCGAGGAGAGUGUAAUCUCUACAGGGGAUUGUCUCGAAGAGCAGCUAGAGGACACGCGGGGCACCUUCCCCGCGCCGGUUUUGGGAGAGCCGCCGUUGGAAACUCUGACCAAACUUCCCGGCUCCGAUCGUGACUCGGACAGCGAGGAGCGACGCCGGGCUGAGCUCGACUGCGGGGAACACGUGUGCAGUGAGAAUGACGAGCUCCAGUACACGGACAUGUAUCUGAACAGCAAGGCGGAAUCGGACGACGGCGCCAGUGCCGUGAUGUCCGACCACUGCGGCUCCGACACCGUUGAGGACGAAUCCCACUACAUCACGACGCACGAAAUCCAGCUGACCGAGCUCGACCACGACGUGGAUUACGACGUGGGGCGAGGCACCGGUUGGGAUUUUGAAGACGACAACCUGGUUUUUUCCUUUGUGGAUUACGCUUCUUUUGAGAGCAACGAGACGCAGGGGAGGACUUUGAUUCUGAGGGGCCGGGGCCAGGCGAAGGUGCAGGCGAAUCCGCGUGGAGAAGUCGUCACCACCGAGCUGGAGGAUAGUGAUCUUUGCGACUCGGACAAAUGCGCCAGCUCAGAUGAAAGCCUGUGCAAAAACCACCGAGGAGACACUAAUGCAGGGAAAAUUCACGUAUCAAUAAAGACAUCCUCCAGAGCGGUGAACAACACGAUCAGUACCUCCGACAACAGCGCAAAUGGGUACACAAAACACUUCGGAGACGGGAGCCAUUUCUCUUUUGUGAGCUCUGGCUCCAGAAUGGGGCCCCUCGGCGACAGAGCCCAAUAUUUCAUCCCCGCUCCGGGCCGUCAGCACCUUGCAUCCAAACUGAGACGGAAAGAUAUUAAUGAGUAUUCCAGCGGAGCGUCCAGCUCCAUCAGUGAGCUGGACGACGCUGACAAAGAGGUGCGUAAUUUGACCGCCAAGUCUUUCCGGAGCUUGGCAUGCCCAUACUUCGAUGCCAUUAAUCUCAGCACCUCUAGUGAGUCUUCUAUGUCGGAAUAUGGAAUGAAUAACUGGUCGGCCUAUGUGGACUUGAAAUAUGGGAACAUAUCUCAGGGAAGAGAGGGAAGUGUAAUAGAGACUUCAAGCUCAACACUGGAAAUGAAUCGGACUGUGGAUGGCAAGAGGAAUGGUAGGUCAAUUACCGGUAUGAACGUUCCGCAAACUAAAAUGUACGCAUUGAACAAGAGUACAACGUCUGAACAAUCAUCAUCAUCUACCAAAAAGAUACAACUUAACGAUCCCGAUCAGCCGAAGCAGCGGGGGGUCACCUUGAAUUUCCGGUGUAACGUUGAAGCGCCUGAAGGCGCCAGACUUCCGAAUUGCUCCAAGAAAGCCCGAUCCAAUGAGCUAACUGGGACUGUCUUGGCCAGGUCAGGGUGUGAGAUGCGAUAUAUUAACUCAGAUUGCACGGGGGGUACACACAAAAGAGCCGUUUUUGCAUCAAGUCUUUUAAAAAAUGUGAUUUCCAAAAAAAUGCAGUUUGAACAGGAGCGCAAAAUGGAGAGGGGUGAAAAGUGUGACGCCUACCCGGCAUUGUCCUCGAGUUUUCAAUGUAAAGAUCACGACGGGGUAAAAGACAGGGGGCAAGGAAUAGGCUUACAGAGGCAGACAUCAGAAUCAGGCUCAUGUUUUACUGUUAACUCUGCUGAUGAUCAAUAUCUGGAGGGCAGCAGAACCAGCUCCUGUGAGCCUGCAGAGGAGCAUCAAAUCUACAAAGCACCAGAUGAUCUAGGAAAGGGGAAGCACAAGCCUCCAAUGUCUUCCCUCGGCCACAGCCAAAAUAGUGCAUUUGAUUCACUGAAGGAAGAAGAGCCCAAAUCCACACCUUUAACCGGCACACAAACAAAACAAAAGGGAUUAGACACGAGCAGCAUGCUGACGAAACUGCUGUUUGUCCCAACCUGCCAGCUCCUUUCGAAAGAGAAGGACUGUCGAGAAGACGUGCCAAUCCAUGCACCAGCCACGGGGGCACCUGCCGGCACACAAAAGUGUGAAAAAGAGUUGAAAACAGGCAACAAUGGAAUCAUCGACAAAGAGGAAAAUGAGAAAGGGGGUAAACCCCCGGGGAUAAAAAUAUGCUUGAGGAGUGUGAAGGAAAAUAAAGGCUGUACACUGAAUAUUGCCAACCUGUUAACCCCUAAAAUAAGUUUAAACACCGGGAACACAUUCAAGGUAGCAGAUGAUGCCAGAUGCCACGCUGCAGAUAAAAUCCCAAACUUCACUGUUAGGGACAUAAGAGAUACCAAAUGCAAGUUUCAAACACCAAUAUAUCAAGUCAGAGAUGUCCGUAAACUGGUAAAGAGUUCAUACCGAUUUGUUUCCCUGGAUAACAGUGAGGGUAAAUGUUCCACAGCCGCUGAAAAGCUCGAGGUCACAAAGGCCCCGACGAAGCAUGUGCUUCCGUCUCCUAUUGUGAUUAAGUGUCACUCUGUAAAAACCAAUGUUAAGCAACAGGCCGCUGAGGCAGUCGCCUCAUCUGAAAGCGCUCAAAGUGAAAAUACCCCCCCGCACGGCGCGGCCAGCAGAGUGCCGCUCGUUGCAUCAAAGCAGCAGCACCCCGACCAGUCAGAUGUUCAGCCAAAUAUCGAAGCCAAAUUAACCAAACAGAGGCAGGAAAGGUUUGCAUGUGAGACUUCUGAGAGGAGAAAUGAGCCCAAAAUACCAAAACAGGCGGCUUUAGAGAAGCUUAAAGCUGCAGUCAAAACAAUGGAGCAGCUUUAUGUUUUCGAUCGAAACGAAUGGAAGCGUAAAAGCCAAGCUCCGCAACCCAUUACAGACAGCCACGUGUUAUCGCUUAUCGCCAGGGAGGAGCAGGGCGCCGAGGAGCUGGAGGCAACAAACACGGACAGGUUUCCUCAGCCACAAGAUGCUAAAGCUCUGAGUAUUAUACGCGUUCCGUACGACGAUGACACGUUUCAAACGCAAUCACAGCAAAGUAAAACGUUUAGUAACAAACGCGUGCUUCAUUUUGGCAACAGGGAAUGUGUCAGCAUGGGCUCCGUCAGCGAUCCUUUUGGCCAAAACCCCUCGCUGCAAACAUCGGCGACUAUGAAAAGCUUCAGAACACCCGCAGCUCCACUGUCGGUGAAAAUAGCGCCUCCGAACGAAGGCCAGGUGGAGCAGGGAAAGGUCAAAAUGAUUCCCGCUAAUCCCACUGUUGCACAGGCCUGCUCAGACUCGGGGAACUACUUAACCAUACCGGGGUACACGAAUGAAGUCAAACUGCUUCAUCAAGAUCUCGUUACCAGGGAGGUGAGUUCAAAUGUUAGCGAGAUCCAAACAGGCGUCAGGAGGACGCCUGAGCGGGAGACGUCUCCGUUAGUCCCGGAGUACCCGGCUUCAAGCAUCUACCAUCAGACACAGCAGCAGGUGGUGUGUUUCUCUCCAUCAGUCCCGAAUGUGUCACCUACACCUUCUGCACAAACACAGCGCAAGAUGCUUUUAGACCCCACCACGGGACAUUAUUACCUGGUGGACACUCCUAUCCAGCCAACCACAAAGAGACUAUUUGACCCAGAGACGGGCCACUAUGUGGAUGUACCUAUGUCCGGUUCUCCCGUGGCGCCCGUCACCCCCGUUCCUCUCUCGUUGUCCCCCCUGGCCCUGAGCCCAGCAGCGUAUGCCCCCGCUUACGUGAUCUACCCGGGCUUCAUCCCCUCGCCCACUCUGCCGGCCCAGGCGGUGUUGUGUCAUUCGCCGUGUCACUCCGAGGGUGCGGGUGCAGAAAAGGUAAAAAAGGCCAAAAGUCCCAAGCUGGACACCAGUGCAACAGGUGCAGAGAGCGCGUAUUACAGUGCGACAGGUGAGGCAACACAAGGGCCUCUGCAGCUUCCUGUCAGUUUGGGACAUGUGGCCGCCCGAGGGGGUGCAGCGAGCUCUGACAGGAAGCCGCUCAUCAGCAUCACAACGCAACAAGGGCCAAGAAUCAUCGCACCGCCUUCCUUCGACGGCACAACAAUGAGCUUUGUGGUGGAGCAUCGGUGACCAAGGAAACAUCUCGUCGUACAUACAUCUCCACCGGAGAACGUGCCUUCAUUCGCCCCUCUUGCAGUUUUCAACCCUCCCACCUGCCAUCUACUCCCCAGGACAAAGUUCCACCACCAACGAUUUUAUCCCCACUCUGUUGUGUUGUUUAUCUUUGCAGAAGACCUUACUGUUAUAUGUAUGUAUUGCAGCACUUUCUAGGGUAAACGCAUUGUGCCACACCCUCUGGCCAAUCCUUUGCCAUGUUGCUAUAUGAAUCUGCUUUGUAAUACUUUCCAUUCAGCUGCUGUCUAGAACUUUUGAAAUUUGGUUUUGGCCCUGCGACAUGUCUAUUCAAAAGGAAACAAGGCAGGGCUUCUAUUUCAACUCAGUGAUUUAUUAUCAAUCCAAUGUUACCAUGUCUUUAAAGCGAGACUUUGCAACUUUUGAACGGCUAAAUCCUUCUUUUGCAAACGAAAAGUUGAACUCAUAAUGUCAGCCAACUUGACAGAUAUGCACCGUGUAACUGAUAUCACUAAGUCAGUUUGCUAGUAUUAUUUCUCUAGUUGUGCUGAAACUAAACUUUAGAAUGUUAGUAUAACAAGGGCGGCAAGGCUUCUGUGGUCCCAGAUGCUUAAACUGUACGAGAAGAGUUUCAGGAGGCCAUUUCAACGACUAUUGGUAAGCCUCAAAGAGAUUCUGCCAACCGUCAGAUGGCGCUGGAGGGCGAGGGAAGGCUCGGCUCAGGCUGUUUUCAGAUAUAUUCAAAUAUCAAAAAGAAAACCUUAUACCAUGUAACUGGAAAGACAACUCCAACUCGUUGACAAACCUCAGGUCCAGGAGAAAACCGGGCAAAAUCCAUCCUCGUUGUGGAACAUUGGACUUGCUCUCUACCCUUGCAGAAACUCUUGGCCUCCCCCGCAAGUCUAUUGAUGUUGUGUGGAUUUGGAGAAGCCUGCUGGCCAUUGCCACUGGGGUAUUGUAUCUUGUAUGGGUUAGAGAGGCAAUUUGUACAUGCGAUUCCGUCCUGUUAUGGCCUAAGUGAGCACUGAUCGGUUCUUAACGGGCACUGGGCUUUGCCAGAUUUUGGUCCACUUCAGUUUGUGAUAGUCAUGAGCACGGCCCAGAUGUCAGUCGUUGGAGACCAUGUUUCUCAACUGGAAAAUGGUGGUUAUUGCCCAAAUUUAAAGAUGAUAGGUAUAUUGUACUCUUUCAAAUCAGUGAAAAUAUGAUGCAGUCUUAUUGGCAGAUGGGGUCCAUGUCAGCAGUAAUGCAGAAAUAGAAUCCGAUUGUUGUGAAGACGAGUUAGAUGCUCUCCAGUAAACAGUUGAUCUACUUUUCAACCCUCACCUUUAGUCACUAGCUUUGGAUAAUCACCGAUAGAAUGAGAUGACGAACUCAAAUCACCAAACUUGCAGGGUGGUUGGGUUCAAAAUUCUAGCAACAUUAGCCUGCUGCCACCCUGAACCAUACCCAGAACAGCUGUGAAAAAUGGAUGGUGUAUGGGUGCACAUCUGUAAAACAAUAAUCAAAACACAUUGUAAGUCGCUUUGGAUAAAAGCGUCAGCUAAUUACAUGUAAUGUAAUUGCAUGUGUCAUUCUCCUGUAGUUGAUGCUUGUGGCCAGAGGGGUCACUGUUCUUCAAAAGUUACGCAGUCUUGCCUUAAUUCACUCAAUAAGAUUAUUACUCAAGGUGAAAACAAUCUACAAUAUUUCCUGCUGUUUCCGGAAGACAGGGACCAUUUGUCUGCAUUGAAUAUUAUAAAUACAUGCAGAUUAGGAGGUAAUGUUGAAUCACCCCAACUUCAGCCACAGGAUUAAAAUUAAGAUUACUGUAUUUCAAAAUAAUAUGUUUUUAAAUAUGUCCCACAGAAAUGUUAUAUAUAUAUAUAUAUAAAUAUAAGACGUUGCUAUUUAUUAUAUUGCUACCCUCCAUCAAUAAUGUUCCGCAUUCACAAUGACAUUUCCAUCUUUUUAAAGAUGUUCUACUUAAAGUACUGUAGGUCUAUGACUCACAACAUGCUGCUAAUACCUGCACAACUGAAAUGCUGUAUAAAGUAGUUCAUGUUUAUAUUUUAUUUAAUAGCAAGUUCUGCAUUUGCUACGUGAGAAGAAAAAAAGAAAUCAGAGGAAGUGUACUUGAAUCAGCAUUUCCUAAGUACUGUUGGGGCCUAAUGAGUCAGAGCCAGCAGGGACAUUUACAAGAUAACUUCCUCUGUGAUGGUUUAUUUUACACUUUUCUGUGUAAUGAGAUGAGAGUUAGUGCGCGCGCUUUGGAAUUUUUCCAUUUCCGUGGCAGUGAGUUAUGUUCGGCAGUCCAGUAUUCUGUGAGUGUACAACAAGGCGUCAUGUUACUUCUCGUUAGACAGCAAUGUACAGAUUACAUGUGUUGGGAGUGUCGCCACACUCACACACAGCAAUGUCAGAUUCUCUUUUUUUAACCCACUUGACCUCUUAGUUUAACACAAUGUAUGAAUUUGAGUUUCAUUGAAUGGACAUAUCGACUGAUGAUAUUCAUGUGACUGCUUCCUGUGUAGAGAAGUUCAGAGGGUCAUUUUUUCCUCUGUUUUGUUUCCUUUUGAAUAAACUGCGUGGGGCAUCAUAGGUCUUUAUGCUAUACUUGACUCAGUUAUACCAGCAUCCCAUGUAGACCUAAAUCAAAUUGUAGAUUGCUAUUUUCUAGCAUGUUUCAAACCUAAAACCACAUUAAAGGUAUUUGGAGCUGCUGGUCAGUCUAAGUACUUUAAUUCUGUAAAAUAAAUGUGAUUAUGCCUCUGUGAAAACAGACUUUAUACAAAUUGCUCUCUGAGUUGAUUUCAUUUCAAGUGAUAUAAAUUCCCAAAACAUAAGACACGGUUUGGCUCUUUUGAGCAAGUUGAUGCUCGAGCAUUUAAUGCAUUUCAGAAGACAUUUGUACUUUAAUAUAUACAUUUAAUUCAAAACACUUAUUUAUGAUAUACAACAACAUUAUUAUAAUAAUUCUUUAUAAUUGAUGAACACAUGUUUCCUCGAGGUAGUUGUGCAAAGCAAACAAUUAUUUAUUCAGCGAUAAUGAGUCGGACGUUUCCAAAGGAAAGGAAACUAUGAACAAGGUAGAAUUGAGAGGUAUGAUUUUCUAUUCAUAAAAAGAUAAAUAAUAUAAAUUGUAAAACAGCUCUUCUAAUGUUGUCAAAAACAUAUAAACCUUUCUCCCAAAUGCCGUUCAUUUGUUUCUUGAAAGACUUCUAUCUAUAAAUAAAAAUGCACUUAAUGCACUUGGAUUGCCACCCAGCAACCAAUGACUGUAAAACAUCGGUAAAAGAGUCCUAUAUGGACUUGUUCAUUGUAAAUGAAUCAUUCUUUAUUUUUCCAGAUGAAAUAUCGCCCAAAGAUGCACUGUAAAAUUGGUAUAUGUUUUAUUUUAGAAAUUAUUCCACGUCCCUCAACAAACCUGCUGAUUUUGAGGUUGAAUGUAUGAAACUGACAGUAUCAAAGCUUGCUUUUGUUUGAGGAAAGAGGUUAAACGGAAGGUGAGAUGGUCUGAGAUAAGUGAAUGUAAGUGAAUGUUCAAAGAAAAGGGGCAUAUGUUUGAAUAAAAUGGCUUAAAUGGCUGUACUGUGAUAUAUGUAUUUCAUGCCUAAUGUCAACUAUGAUGAAAAAAACAGAGGUCAGAAUGACGGAGGAGAGACGCCUUGAAAGGAGAUGUGAGUGCCGCGUUUCCACUUAGGAGCUUGAAAGUGAUAAAAUGAAGAAUGAGUGUAUUGUAGUCGCACAGCAUUCACAUGUUUGCAGUAGAUUCAGAAUCAAGCUACUGAACACGUAUGUAUCCAUGAAUUUAAAUCACUUUAAGGUCAAGUUGUGGUUGAAUGAAAUGCAUUUUCUGCUCUUUGUAUCUUAAGUGACUCUUGAAAACAAAUACUAAUACAAGCAUUAGUUGCAACAUGCUAUUUGUAAACCCCUUAUAAAAUGUAAAUGUAUAAGAAAAUGGUACCAAAAACACAAUACAUUUUAAGACAUUGAAUUGUAAACAUGUUAUUGUGUUACCUUAAAGAACUAACGGCCUGACUGCAAAAACUGGUUAAAAUAAUAAACAACCUUCCUCCUUAAACAUGUUUUUGUAUUUUUACUUUUGUAUUUAUUUAUUACUUCUCAACACAAGCAGCCACUUUCAUUUUGUAAUACUCUGUGCGACUUAUUGGGACUUUAUUUCCUUCUCUCUACCUGACAUGAUUAUUGUGACUUUCUACAGCGUCCAAUAAACUGUCUCCAUUAAAAACCUGGAGGAAAAGUGAAUCAAAUUGAUUUAUGCCAACAGAAGAGCACUUGUGGCAUCUGCCAGCGUGCAAGGUUGGCUUUCUGAUGACACUGUAACAUCACCCGGGCCGAGGCUUAAGUUCAACCUGACAGUUUGCUGCUGUGUUUACUCGGUUGCCG